AUGCCCGAGGAAAGAAGGUGGCUCUCUUGUGACAGUUAUAUCCAGCAGGAGAUUGCUGGGGCAGCGAACGGUUGUUGUGUCGGGGCGCAGACAGGAAAGGAGAAGAAGAAACAGACGACAAAGACGGGCCGGGACUGGAUUGGGAUCCUGGGGCUUGGCGGUGGUGUGGUGGCGGUACGGGUGCCAAAAAUUACCGCAGCUGGCCAAUCAGAACGCGGCGCCGGCAGGCUUCUGACCCAGCAAUACGUAACGGCGGUAUUUGGCGGUCUAGUGCAUGCCGCCGCUUGGCUUAGUCAGGAUACCGUAUGA